AUGAGUAGUACUUCUAUUCCUAGAGGUCAAUCAUCGACUUCAUUUAGCAAGAGCGAUUUCAAACCGCUUUCUGUGGGUCGUUCAUCAUUCCGCGUUCAUGACUAUCCCAAUAACACUCAGGUUUCUUCAAUCGGGAGCUCGCCAAGAUCUCGUCCAACUCCAAGAUACUCUUUCAACACCGUUAGCUCAUUACAUGAUGGAAGCUUGAGAGAAUCUCCUUAUAGUGAACAAACACAUUCCGAGAGAGCAACGGGCCAGAGGAAAAGGAGAUUUCCUACAGUUCCCAAGUCUUCAGGGCCUAUUUACUCGACACAAGCUCGGAAAGAGCUUACGAGUAUUGAUAGGAUCAAUGAUUCAGCAUCCAAUUCCCUGGUAUGCGCCGGCAAGUCUCAUCUUGGUCUCUACAAAUUCAAUCCAGAUAAGAAGUCCAUUAAAUGCGUUCACGAUUUUAUGGCUGUUGGCAAUGGACAGAGCAAUUCUUUAUCACCGAAUUUCAAGAAGAGGAAUAAGCAGAUUAAGCUUAGUACGAUAGCUGACGUGAAGACAGGCUUUCACAACCACAAGAACUACGUCGCUGUCUGUAGUAGUUCUACUGCCAUAUCAGUUUUUGAUAUGAAUAGGACUGGUAGCUCAGAGAGUUCAUUUGUGACAGCUUUGUCGGAGCAUACAAGAUCAAUCAAUAGUUUUGAUUUCAACACGGUUCAAACAAACUUGAUUAUCAGUGGAGGUCAAGAUAGUUGCAUUAAAGUCUGGGAUUUACGAUCUAGCAAUGCUAAAAACUCCAAAAAUUGUGAUUUGAGCAUUAACACAGCGUCAGAUUCAAUCAGAGACGUUAAAUGGAUGCCCUUCCAGAAUUAUGCCUUCAACCAUCAACAGGAGUUCAAAAAUGGGAGUAAUGCAGGGUUCAAGUUUGCAUCGAUCCAUUACUCUGGGCUACUCUUGAACUUCGAUUUGCGUCAACCAGGUCAAAUUGAGAAAAGAAUUAAUGCACACUCUGGACCAGGUUUAUGUCUUUCUUGGCAUCCCAAUCUUGAAUACAUUGCCACAGGGGGUAGAGACGGUAAAUGCGGUUUAUGGUAUGUUGGAGAUAGACAGCAAUAUGAAAACGCUUGUGGUACACCUUCGUCCAAUCUCUACGGCCAUUCGGCCCAUGCUAAUUUGGCGGCAUUACCAGAGACAACUCUGAGUACAGGGCUUCCUGUUACAAAGUUGAAAUUUCGUCCAGCAUAUGAAAAGAAUGUCUUCAACUCGUUACUUGCUCUUUCUCCAAUGACUGACGAUGCAGCGUUGAACAUUUACUCGCUUGCGAGAAAGUAUAUCCCCAAACAUGUGUUACUCAAGUCAACGCAGACGUUAGGGCUAGUUUGGUGGGAUGAAGAGCUGAUUUUUGACAUUGAUAAAGAGAAUAACAUAAACGGGUGGGAUAUUGCUCAUGAACCUACUAUCUUAGACAAUCUUCCCAAGACUGUGACGCGCUGGAGAGACAUUGAAGGUAAUGGCCUCUUAUUUGUGGAUCAAAACUGCGGGAGUUACGAUUUGAACCAAAACCAGUUAAUAAUGCCCGAAGACAGCAAGAAGGUUGCUAAUCAUAGGAUAAGUAUGAGUUCAUUAAGCGCCAAUAAUGGUGGGAGUACUACUGGUCUAAUAAAUAACCUUAAGAAAGGGAUCAGCCAUAGUACUUUGUCGUCGUACAAUGGUGAUCGACCUCCGUAUCAAAAAUCUGGUGUAUCUUUCAAUGCAAAGAGUCCUUCAGCUGGAAUGUCUCACAAUACAUCAAAUGUCUCCACUCCAUAUAUUUCUCAAACCGAAAGCAAGGAUACAACGCCUCCAACCAUGGUAACUCUCGAUCUGCCAUACAUUCUGAGCAGCAUGAGAAUAUCUCGUCUUUCUCCCGAACGAAACAUGGCUAGAUCGCCCGAGGUUGUGGCCAUAAGGGAAUCGCCAGUUAAGGUUUUUAAGUUCCUAGCAAGGGAGCUUGAGUUCUCAGGCAACCAUGAAAAGAGAGAAGGUAGCGCUAAAAGUGUUUAUCAACAGGGUAGUGUCAAGGAUGAAGACUUCAAAGAGGACCUUAUGCAGCGUUUUGGGCUGUUGGAAAACACCACCUGGGCAGCUCUUGUCAAUAAGAAAAGCGAACAGGAUAUCAAGUUAAGUCGAGAGCUUACGAAUAAUGACAUUUCAAAUGAUCAAGAGGAAAAACCCCAGAGAAGGGAAAGUAGCAGUGAAGAAGGUGAUUCCGGUGUUCACUCUAAGAGAAGAAGUGCUUUAACUGAAAGCAUAGAAGUUGCAAAUAGUGUGCAGCAAAAAGUCGACCGGUUGCUCGAAUUGAUACCUAUCUGUGGCCAUAAUGCGUCUGUAUAUUCGUACAUUGACGAUUUGCCUAACUUUAAGGUAUGGUUACUCAUCAGAGAUUCAUUACUUUGGGACUUGAAAAAAAUAAGCCUAGAUGAGUUACAAACUCAACAACACGACUACGAAGAUCAUUCGGCUAUGGCUGACGAUAUAUCAGCAGCGGCGAUGGAGAUUAACGAGAGCGUCAAUCCCGGCUGUUCAAGUGGUGUGACAAGUGGGGUGAAUUCAUUCGUAGACGAGGCUCCACAGGCAUUGAACUCAGAGUCUAUCGAUGGCAUGAAGAAGCAUUUAGAGGCGGCAGGAAAAUCUAAACUCAAGCAGCAAAUUAUGGCAGGCAAAAUGGAAAUAUCGACGGAAAAGAAUCCCACCCUAGCAUCAAGUAGCAAAAGCACCCACAAGUUAGACGAGCCCCCUUUCCAGCAACGUCAAACCGCAAAUGAAGCAGAGGCUGUUAGCAUUGAAGAUGAUAGCGACAGAGACACUCUUGAUGUUCCAAAUACAGUCGGCGGCCUCGAAACAAUAGGUAUACCAAUUCUGCAGAAGAGGAAACAGCGGCCAUCUUUUAUAGACACCUUUAUGACCGAUGUACGGUCACCACAUGAUGUGAACACUGAGAACGAGUUCCUAGAAAGAAGUCGGCGCUCUCAUUCUUUCACGCAUAGUAGCCCAAACAGUAAGCUAUCGUCAAUGCAAAGUUUUGGAAAUGGGGUUUCACCAUCCGCGGCUCUUAAGAAAUUUGCAUAUCAAGCUGAUUCUAUCAUGUCACUUUCGCCAAAGAAGCAACCAAACCACUUGCCAUCAAGCUUUGAGCAACUGAUGGGCGUCAGAACGUCUAAGGUGGGAUCAAAAAAGACCCCUUCGAGUCGGUCAAAAGACACACCUCCCCCAUGGAACACUAAGAGACUUUUGAAACAGCUUUACCAGCAAGCUGUAGAGAUGGGUAACAUCUUACUUGCAGUCAACAUUCUACUAUUAUUCCAAAACAUUUACCAUUUAACGAGCACAGAAGUAGUGAAGAACUCUCUAGCACAAUUCACCACGAUACUUCAUCAGUACGAACUGUUUGAGAUAUCUGCGGCGAUUCUUAAAUAUUGCCCAUGGGAUGAUAUUUUCGAUACUGAAGGUAGUCAAUCCUUAAUAACACUUUUCUGCGAUAAAUGUGGGAAAUUAAUUACGAAUGAGCCCUCGAAAGAAAAAUUCGCUAAGGAAGCUCAAAUAGUUGGAGAUACCACCCCGCUGGCUAGGUUCGGUCACUGGUAUUGUGACUCGUGCAAGAAACCUAACAGUCUAUGUGUUAUGUGCGAGCAACCAAUGAAAAAUUUAACCAUGACAUUACUUGAAUGUGGUCAUGAGGGUCAUUUCGAAUGCUUGAAAGGCUGGUUCCUUGAUGACAAUUUAACCGAAUGCCCAGCAGGUUGUUCAUAUAAAGUGAUUACGUAG